AUGCUAGCCUGCCUGACCCGGGGGAACUUACUGGACGUCCUGCAGGAGGGCUUCAAUGAGCAACAGCUGCAGGCUUACGUGGCCUGGGUGAAUGCACAGCUCAAGAAGAGGCCAGCAGUGAAGCCGGUGCAGGACCUGCGACAGGAUCUUCGGGAUGGGGUGAUCCUGGCGUAUCUCAUCGAAAUCGUUGCAGGAGAAAAACUGAAGGGGGUACAGCUGGCUCCCAGUAACCAACAGGAGAUGAAGAAUAAUGUGGAGAAAGUGCUCCAGUUUGUGGCCUCCAAAAAGAUUCGCAUGCACCAGACUUCGGCUAAAGAUAUUGUGGAAGGAAACCUGAAGUCUAUCAUGAGGCUGGUCCUUGCCUUGGCAGCUCAUUUCAAACCUGGCUCCAACAGGACGGUGAGCCAAGGAAGGGACCCCAGAGUCCCUCUGCAGAGUCAUCAGCCACACUGUGCCACUGCUGUGGCCCAGGGAGCAGCGGCUGCUCUGGCUGACGUGUGUCAUGACAUGUCACGGUCAGGACGGGAUGUCUUUCGAUACAGACAGAGGAACAGCAGCAUGGACGAGGAGAUCGAGAAUCCGUACUGGAGCGUGCGGGCCCUGGUGCAGCAGUAUGAAGGGCAGCAGAGGUCCCCGCCCGAGUCUGGCUGCUCCAGCCUGACUUCACCCAGUCCUAUCCACAGUGCAAAGAGCGAAUCCAUUAUAACUCAGUCGGAGGAGAAGGCAGAUUUUGUGAUGAUUCCCGCUGAAGGAAUAGAGAACAGAACAGAGGAGACAGACUCUCCGUUCUCCCGAGACUGGCGCCCGGGCAGCCCCAGAACUUACCUGGAGACCUCAUGGGAGGAACAGCUGUUGGAACAACAAGAACAUUUGGAAAAAGAAAUGGAGGAAGCAAAGAAAAUGAUAUCAGGAUUACAGGCCUUACUGCUCAAUGGAUCCUUACCCGAAGAUGAACAGGAGAGGCCCCUGGCCCUCCUUGAACCAGGAGUCAAUCCUGAGGAACAACUGAUUAUAAUCCAGAGUCGUCUGGAUCAGAGUAUGGAGGAGAAUCAGGACCUAAAGAAGGAGCUGCUGAAAUGUAAACAAGAAGCCAGAAACUUACAGGGGAUAAAGGACGCCUUGCAGCAGAGGUUGACCCAACAGGACACCUCUGUUCUUCAGCUCAAACAAGAACUGCUGAGGGCGAAUAUGGACAAAGAUGAGCUGCACAACCAGAAUGUGGACCUGCAGAGGAAGCUAGAGGAGCGGAACAGGCUCUUGGGAGAGUAUAAAAAGGAGCUGGGGCAGAAGGAGCGCCUCCUCCAGCAGCACCAGGCCAAGCUGGAAGAAGCCCUCCGGAAGCUCUCUGAGGCCAGUUACCAGCAGGUGGACCUAGAGCGGGAGCUGGAACAGAAAGACGUCCUUUUGGCUCACUGUAUGAAAAGAGAGGCAGAUGAGGUGACCAGCUACAACAGUCACAACUCUCAGAGCAAUGGUUUUCUCCUUCCAGUGGCAGGAAAAGGAGCUGCUUCCAUCACUCACAAAGGGACCAGCGACCUGCAGCUCGUUCGCGACGCGCUCCGCAGCCUGCGCGGCAGCUUCAGCGGCCACGACCCUCAGCAUCACACCAUUGACAGCCUGGAGCAGGGCCUCUCCAGCCUGAUGGAGCGCUUGCACGCCAUGGAGACCCAGAAGAAGCCGGACAGAAAGGUUCGGGGCAAGUCACCCAGAACUCAAGCAGGUAGUGAAUACCGGGAGUCCUGGCCCCCUAAUUCAAGGUUGCCUCACUCACAGAGCUCCCCGGCUGUCAGCAGCACCUGCACGAAAGUGCUCUAUUUCACUGACCGGUCACUCACACCCUUCAUGGUCAACAUACCAAAGAGGUUGGGGGAGGUGACACUAAAGGAUUUUAAAGCAGCUAUUGACCGGGAGGGAAAUCACCGGUACCACUUCAAAGCGCUGGAUCCUGAGUUUGGCACUGUCAAAGAGGAGGUUUUUCACGAUGAUGAUGCCAUCCCUGGGUGGGAAGGGAAAAUUGUCGCCUGGGUGGAAGAAGACCAUGGAGAGAAUUAAUGCUGAGUAUUGGAUUGGGGGCUCAUGGAACUUGGCACCCCCUGGCUGUUUCACUCAGGAAAGAGGACUAAAACCAGAAUACACAAAGAAGUUUCUAGUUUGUGCUGCCAAAAAAGAAGCUUCUCCAAGUGUGACAGCCCCAGGCCAGUACUGUUUCUGUGCCUGGCUUAUGUGGUACUUAAAAUCCCUGUCCACCUGUAGACCAUGGGUUCAUCUGGAGUUCCUUGUCCGUGGGAACACAGUGUUUUAUUCUACUCUGAGGACAACAAACCGAAGGCCUUAACCAGUGGGAAUGGACGAUCCCGCUCCUGUCGGGGCAUGGCUGCUAUUAUCUGGAAACUGGGAACUGGAUGCAUCACUCCUGUGUGUUACAGUAUUACUUUAAUUGGCCUCAAUGGUUGCGGCAAUCAGAGUCCCAGCAUUUGUGCUCACAGACAAGGCAAAGGUACCAGCUUUUUUGCUUCUUUGCAGCUAUUGCAAACCAAGAGGAACUCCUGAGAUGGUACCAAAGAUGAAAGCCCACUCUUCAGGAAGUUUUUGGACCGGGCAUGGAUGAUGCUGAAUUGUUGAUUGGAUGGAAAAAGGGCUGCCCAUGUUGUGCUAUACUUCGCUAAAACCAUGAUGAAGUAAGACCUUGGGUUGCCUCUUGUGUCUUAACUGGUUCUGCAACUUGUCCUUUAGCCCACAGAGGGCACAUUUCAUGUACUGCUAGUUUUCUCUGGGGACUCUUGCACCGUAGAGCCAUUUUUUCCCCCUUCCAACUGACGAACUUUGUGUUUGAAAGGAAUAAGGAGUUAAAGUCUCCUUAAAAACCUAGGCAGGUAUGGAAAGGUGCUGCUACCCAUAUUUCCUUGACUUUCUUUCUCUCAUGACUUCCUUUAACUCAUGGUGUCUCUGUUGCAGUCAAAAGGAGACAGACCGUUCAUUUCAGUGUUUGUAAUUUAUGAGUACUGAGCAUGAGUUACUGGUCUGCCCCUCUUCAUUUCAAGUUAUUUUCGAUUAUGUAUUUAGUCUAGGUUGAUCCUUUAGGGCACAAUAGGAACCAUGGGGCAUGGAGCAUGAGUUGUGAAUGGCAGGGCUGAUUCUGGGUUAAAAAAAACCCUAGAAUCUUUUCUCAUGUGCAACACUGUCAAGUGUAGAAGCUAAGAGAAAAGAGUUAAACUUCCAGAGAUGACUUAAUAACUUGGGUUUUCUCAGUCAUUUACCAAGCACCAUCAACUAAUCAGCCAUAUAUAUAUAUAUAUAUAU